AUGAUUCGCAUAUUGCAAUACAGGCUGAAAAAUCCACAAGAAUUUGUUGAAAGAUCAAAAUAUGAGGCAGAAACAAAGGAAGAAGUUGAAAAAUAUAAAGAUAUUUCUGAAGAAGAGAUGUAUAGAUUUGUGGUACAUUGUGUGAAAGAUCACUUAAUAAUAAUAAAGUAUGUUGAAGAUUUAAGCAACGUGCUUGCAAUGCCAAUGGCUUUAGAUUUUUUAAUGUUCUCUGCUCUGAUCUGUCUGCAACUGUUCCAGUUAUCAUCAGUUCCUUCAGAUGGUUUUGAACUCGUUAUAAUUUGUGGAUACAUCGGAAGUGCUUGCACUAUAUUACUAAUGUAUUAUUGGCAUUCUAAUGAACUAUCAAUAGAGAGUCUUAAUAUGUGUCAAGCUGCAUUUGAAUCCCCAUGGAUAAAUAGCAGCAAAAGAAUUAAGAAUGCAUUGCGUCUGCUAAUGGCCCGAAGCCUGAAGCCACUUGUUUUUCAAGCCGGCUUUUACCCAAUGAAUCUUCGAGCAUUUAUUACAAUAUUAAGAGGUGCUUACAGUGCAUUUACAGUGAUGCGACAAGUUGAUAAAUAA